AUGGAACCUGAAUCCGACUACUUCGCAAACGCGCCCGAAGGUGCGAGGGAUUACGUCGUCCGUGCUCCCAAGAGUAUUCAGCUAUGGAUCCUGAGAAAGGUCUGCGACCACGCGAAAGAGAUCGAGCGACUGGAGGCGAGACACAGAAUGGAGAUUAAGACGCUAAAAAUCGAGCUCGAGGAACCCAGCUUUAGCAAAAGCAAGCGAGGACAGUCUAUCGAAAUACAGCUGGUGGAACAGCAGGCCAUGCUCGAGAAACUCAGGACCGAAAAUGAACGGCUUAAACGUGAGAUGGAAGAAGUGAAAAGGGGGAUCAAAGCCACGAAGUCAUCGCCUGUCGGGUAUAGGCGCGAUGAAGACCAAACAGAUAUGGAACCUGCCUUGGGGCCUGCUUCAGCACCUGUGCUAUCUGCAUCUAGAGGCGAGUCGGAACAUAGUAGCGACACCACUGGCAGCACUCCUCCGCAGAAUGUAGCCGAUCCAGUCGACGCUGAUAUGCCCGACGCUGCAUUCAGCAGCCCCGAGGCCCACUCGUCUACGAGCACUCCACUCAAUAGCCCCCCACAAAGCCCUUGUAAUCCGGCCAAUCGGCCUAGCAACGAUACUCGAACGCAAACAGCGACUUCUGUGAUUCCUACUGCGGCCAUGCAGCCUGAGUUUCUGUGGAAUCAAGACCCGAAUGGCCAACAGGCCUUUGUCACUGCCGACUUGGGGGAAAGACUUGCUUCCAGCAUAGCUACCAAACUAGGCUCCAACUUCUCUGGCGCGGUGCACAUCAAGGAUUUCGAACAAAUCGACCCCGAACACUUCAUAAAAAUUAUUGAUCUGCCACAAGAAGACUACGACCUUGUCGGCGUAGAAUACAAGGACAAUUCUUUGGUUUUAUCUUCUUGCGGGUUUCAGGUUCCGGAUUUCUUUCAUGCGCCAAUACCGGACGUAGAUGGCAAAACUUUCAUCGAAAACCUAAUCGCUGAGCCUCCCAAAGGGCAUAUUCCAUACUAUGUCGGCCCAUCGCUUGCAUCAUGCCAACAAAAGUUUGACAACUUUUUGCAUCCGGGCAAGCUUUCCAAACUCGUAGAUCUGAGGAAAGAAUCUGCCAAACCGGGGAUCAAUAAUGAUGGCCACGUGGCCGGCGUCACGCUCCCGUAUUGGUUACUCGGCUCGGCUCUUUCAGGCACUGCAUUGCACCGCGAAGAUGCAAACUGGCGUUCGGCCAACAUAACCUUGAUCGGGGAGAAGAUUUGGUUGCUGAUUGAUCCGGACCAUAGCAACAAGCUCGAAGAUUUUGUUGCACGUUUAAUCAAGGAGAAACGGGGCUCAUCCCGCUGUGAUCAAUGGAUUCGCCAUCACAACUUACUGAUCGGGCCGAAUCAGCUUAGUGAUGAAGGUAUCAAAUUUCGCUUGCUGACGGCGGCGCCAGGCGAUAUGGUCGUGACACAGCCAGGACAAUACCAUCUUGCGGUUAACAAGACAGCCUGUUUUGCGGUUGCUAUUAACAUCCUGUUGGAUGACGAAGAAUUGUUUCCUGAUUGCCGCGUACGCGUUUGCGAAGAAUGUGGGCUCAGUUUUGCAGCGAAUGAGAAUCUUGGCAAUGUCGAACUGUUGCCAGGCGCAAGCGAGCGCAAGUCUUUGCGACAUCAAACGCAAAUACAAAAGGCACAACAUAGCCCAAGCAGUGCUCCGCAAAACGUGCCAACGAGGACAUCUAAGAGGUUUGCCGCAAAGGCGACUGGACAACCGUUAGCAAAGAAACCAAAGGAUGAGCCGACUUCGGAUGACCUAGCCGACUUUCUGUUCAAUUCCGAUGCUCUCAACCGGUUUCAGGAACUUGUUACUGCCUGGAGAGCCCGUGAUAAUGUACGGAGCUUUGCUGUUAGUGGACUGGAUCCACAUAAGAGGGUGGCCGCCUACUAUGAACUCGCUAGCCACUUUGACUCCAAGUCAGUCCUGGCGGCGCUACUCGCUUGUGUUGCCCGAAUCCAAACCUUCAGGGAGAUGGUUAAAACAAAAGACGGCAGGAAAAAUCUGCCUCCGCAUACGCUGAAAAGUUUUUACAAUCUCUCAAACACCAAGGUCGAAUUUUCGACUUUCCGUUCCCACAUCUCUAACGCUCGGAAUUUCCAUAAGAUCCUCGGAAGUUUGGUGGUCUUUUUGCCAUUUCAAGGCAAUGGUGAAAUCUCGAUGCGUCAAUUCGAAAGAGGGUGUACUCAAGAAGAAUUCCAAAGUUGCCUGAGGUCCCACCCCCAUUUAAAAACAUUUCAGCAACUGGGACAAACCUUUCUGGAUUCAAUUUUAGAAGACAGCGGAUAUCAAAUGACGAUGUUUGAAUGUGUCCCUACCAAGCCAGAGCUGCCAAAGCUGCCUCUGGAAUGCCAAGUCCAAUUGCUUAAGGUCGGCUAUAUCCAGGAAAACUUGGGCGAAACCCCCAAUUGGCAAAAGCCCGAAGAUUGGCUCUGGGACUGGCCCCUACCCCCGGAUUGGCUGCCCCCGGAUUGUAAAUGCAUCCUCUGCGAACAGUCAAACUGCACAUGCAUUCAAAGAUACACUACCUGCGAAGGGCUUCACGUCAGCCACUAUGGCAAAAAAGGUUUUGGCAUCCAGGUGACCAAAUAUUACGGGCGACGUCAUGUUUUUGGGGAGCUUGUCGGGACUUUUGUUGAACCGGGUUUCUUCUCUAAUGGCAUGGGUUUGGUAUUUGCUAGGGAUGAUCUGGAUGGACAGCCUGUGAGUGCACAGCUGUAUACCGGAGAUAAAGGGAAUAUCUUUCGGUUUAUCAACCACCGAUGCUGUUCUCCCGCGGUCAAGAUUGAGGGUAUGAGGAUAUCUGGGAAGUACCGGAUGAUGGUAGUUUCGGCGAGGGAUGUAACUGUGGGAGAGGAGCUUACUGCAAACUGGGGUAGCGGUUUUAUAGAGGGUACAUGUUUGUGUGAAGACUGUGAAAGCAGUCGGCAUAAGCAAGGCAUUGUUAGAGUAUAA